AUGACGACACCUCACCCAAAUCAUAAAUGCCUCGGAUACGCGCUUCAGCAAACGAUUACAGUACUUUCCUUGCCCGGAUUACACGCGACACGCGCGGCGAAGUCGACACGGGCAACGAUGAGGCUUCUUUGUCUGCUGUAUCUGCUCUCCUUGGCUGCUUGCAUGGCUUCCAGAAGACGAGAUUGGGCUCAUCACGGGGCGCCCAUGUUUGCUGACCUGACACCUCGCGAGAUGAAAGCCGUCCGGGCUUACCUCCAUGGCAUUUCAGAAUUUGGACUUACUGAUGCUCAUAAUUCAUCUCUGAAAAAGAACAGCAUCCUGAUGAUGGAGCUCCAGGUGCCGAAGAAGCAUGAAGCUUUGAGAGCUUUGGACCGUGGUCAAGCCAGACCUCCACGUCAAGCACGUGUCAUUAUUCAGUUUGCGAACCAAGCUGAGCCAAAUAUCACGGAGUUUAUCGUCGGCCCGCUUCCAUCUCCGAACUCUCAUGAGGUCAAGAGGUUCAAAGGAGAUAGACCUAUCCCGUUUGAGUCAAGGCCAAUGACUACAUUAGAGUAUCAUUACCUCAAUCAAAGCAUUGGCAAACUCACAGCUAAAGCUCACAAGCUUCUGUUCGAGACUACGGGAGGAUUUACAUUCACACAAUGCGCUGAUCGCUGUUUGUAUUUCAUCGACAUAGCCCCAAGAGGGCUGGCCUCAGGUGAGAGGAGGUCCUGGAUUAUGUUGGUCAAGUUAGUGGAAGGAUAUUAUAUCCAUCCAAUUGGGUUUGAGAUACUGCUCAACCAUAAAGACUUGGAUCCAGAUAACUGGGCUGUUGAGAAGGUGUGGUACAACAGCAUGUUCUUCGAUAGCGUGGAGGAGUUGGUAAAGAAGUAUGAGUCAGGAGCUGUGGACAAGGUCAGUCUACCUCAUCAUGAUGACAAUGAUCACUACUCCACCUACUUUCCACGGGGUCAAAGCAACACUCCCACUAAUAUCCACGGCCCAAAACUUGUAGAGCCGCAGGGGCAUCGCUAUCAUAUUGACCGCAACUUUGUUGAAUAUGCCGGCUGGUCGUUCUCCUACAGAGUGCGUUCAUCAGCCGGUCUUCAGGUCUUUGAUGUCCGUUUUAACGGAGAAAGGAUCGCUUACGAGAUCAGCCUCCAAGAAGCUAUUGCUUUCUAUGCUGGUGACACCCCCGCAGGGAUGCAAACAAAAUACAUUGAUGCUGGUUGGAUCAUGGGUUCCCUGUCGUUUGAGCUAGCCCCCGGAAUCGACUGUCCAGAAAUUGCCACCUUUGUUGACCUUUACCACUACUUUGACGCGGACAAACCAGUGCGCUUUAGAAAUGCUCUCUGUAUUUUUGAGAUGACCACAGCUUUGCCUCUGAGAAGACAUUUCAACGCAUUCGAUGGAGGGUACAACUUUUUUGGAGGACUAGACAACACCGUGCUGGUGGUACGGACCACGUCAACUGUUUUCAACUAUGAUUAUAUCUGGGAUUUCAUCUUCUACCAAAAUGGCGUGAUGGAGGUAAAGGUCAGCGCCACUGGUUAUAUCCACGCUACAUUCUUUACGCCAAAUGGACUUCAGUAUGGCCGCAAGGUGUACAACUACGUGCUGGGAAACCUGCACACACAUCUUAUCAAUUACAAAGUUGACCUGGAUAUUGCUGGUCGCGAGAACAGCAUUCAGACUCUGGAUUUGAAAUAUGUCAACUUCACAAACCCCUGGAGCCCCAACAAUUUCAUCGUCCAGUCCAAACUCAGCUGGACCGAACGCAAGACGGAGCGUUCUGCUGCUUUCCGCUAUGGCAAAAAGUUCCCUCGCUACAUACACUUUUACAACCCUAAUGAGAAAAAUAAAUGGGGACAUCAAAAGGGAUAUCGUAUACAGUUAAACUCGCACGGCGACAGUGUUCUUCCAAGGGGCUGGCAAGAAGAAAACGGCAUCAGCUGGUCAAGAUAUCCUCUGGCUGUUACUCGUCAUAAAGACAGUGAGGCCACCAGCAGCAGUAUUUAUAACCAGAAUGACCCCUGGAAACCUGUUGUGGCAUUUGAGGAUUACAUUCGCAACGAUGAAGACAUCGUCAACCAGGAUCUGGUUGCCUGGGUGACAGUGGGCUUCCUGCAUGUGCCUCAUUCAGAAGACAUCCCCAACACAGCGACACCUGGGAACGCGGUGGGCUUCUUCCUCCGACCCUUUAACUUCUUCGACGAGGACCCUUCGGCGGUAUCCAGAAGCACGGUCAUCGUCCGACCGGGGCCGGACGGGAAGCCCAAAGUCCAGCGGUGGACGCCAGAGGUCAUAGGUCAUUGUGUGUCAGACAAGCCCUUCUUUUACAAUGGCACUUAUGCAGAAGUCUAGGAGAUGUUGCUAUUUUGGUGAUAUUACUAUUCUAAAUGAGAGUGCAAAGAUGGCUUUGCAUUUGACUUGUCUGCCAAAUUUGGAAAUACAACAGUUGUACAUUUAAAUAAUCUAAAAAAAUAUAUGUGUUGGGUACACACACAGACACACACAUAUAUAUAUUAUUUAACUUUUUGUAUUCAUGGAAAAUAAUAAUGAAAAUAGGACUGGAAAUAUUGAGAAAAAAGGAUCAUAUUGAAAAAAAUGGGAAGUUAUUUGACACAGGGCACAAAUAGCUUUACUCCCGCCAUUAUUUGUUAUUGACCCCGCCCCCCAAAAAAUGUUUUAAACUGUACUGUAAAUGCCUAAAUUGCCAUGAGAUGUCAGCAAAAGAUUUUGUCUCAAUGAAGGUCCUCAACUCAUUUCAAUAGUUCUUUGGUCUCAAGAUUUUCCCAAACUUUGUUUGUCAGCCUGAGUACAAAAAAGUAAAAUGGACAUUUUAUCAGCAAAUAGGUUAUAAAAUAUUUUGAAUAUUCUCAUAUUUACAAAUGCCACACUACAAAUACGGGGUUUCACCAAAUCGUACUUUAAAUCUUAGACUAUACACAUGUGCCAAGAUAAUUUAGAUGAUCUCAUUUACGUCACUUUAUUGCGUAUAAUUCAGUAAUCUUUAAUUUCACAUUUCUGCCAAUCCCAUGAGACAUUUCCAUGGCUCAGGCUCAGCGUUGACAGGCAUGCAGGAUGCAGGAUGCUGCGUAUCCGCACCACUGGGGGUGUACCUGCUGCCUCACAUUACGCUCUGCUCGCCCUCUUGGCGGGAAUGUUUUUACAUAAAAGGCACCGCGGUUCCGAGUGCAAACAGUCUGAUACCGGAUCCUUUGCGCAAACAAUCCAGGAUACCAAAUUGGUACCAUGGUAACCAAACUAUAGUAGUGAUGUGACAUAUGCAAUUUAGGAUGUUCUUUAUAAACAAAUUCCUGACAUAGUGUUAUCACUUCAAGAUAGAAACGAUCAAAUAAAUAGUGUUAUUCAAAACAUAUACUGCAGUUCUUUUUUUCCCUUUUCAUUCAUGUUAAAAUAUGUAAGACACCUUAAAAAAAUGAUUUUGUUCAGCUGGAAGUAAAUAGAAACUGUCCACUUAGGUAAGAAAAAGGAAUUGCCAAAAAUCCAAAACUGUUUUUAGUAGUUUGUCAAAGUUUUACAAUGUGCAAGUUAAAAAUGCAGAGUAUGAACACAUGAGCGAAUGAACAGUGGAAGGGAAGCAAAGGCUAACUAGAGUACCAAGCAUUCCGAUUGUGAUUGCUGUGGAGACGACAGCCAUGAUGUUAUUUUUUGGAAGAAAACAACCUGUAUAUUCCUUUUUAAGUAAUAUUAAGUAACGCCACAUUGUUUUUUUUUUAUUUGUUUGCUUUCCUCACUCAAAGCAGAAAAUGUUUU